ACUGUAACAGUACUGUGUAUAGGUGUGUACUGAAUGCACAGCAGAAAUAAGGAUUUUAGUUGCUGUUACAACGUAAGUUUACAAAAGCUGAAGCUGUCUUUGCCUCAAUGUCCACUCACUGAUGAGGCGUUUGAAUGGCGGACUUCUGUGCUUUGUAGCUAACUGCUACCUAUGCUAACCAGUCUCCGCGUUGUGUUUUCACAGAGCGUCCAUGAUAAUCGUGCACUAGUCGUGCAAGUCGUUUUUCUCUUGGGGAAAUGUCUGGCAGAGCAGGAUCCUGGAUAUUUCUUGUGGCCGCAGUAGCGACCAUCUUUCUGCUGGAUGGGGCUGUUUUUGCACAUGCUAAGAACUUUGAAGAUGUUCGGUGCAAGUGCAUUUGCCCACCUUACAGGAACAUCACUGGCCACAUUUAUAACAAAAAUGUCUCCCAGAAAGAUUGUAACUGCCUCCAUGUAGUGGAGCCCAUGCCUGUUCCUGGCCAUGAUGUGGAAGCUUACUGCCUGUUAUGCGAGUGCAAGUAUGAGGAGCGAAGUAGCAACACAAUCAAGGUAACCAUCAUCAUUUACCUGUCUGUCGUGGGUGCUCUGCUGCUCUACAUGCUGUUUCUGCUGCUGGUUGAUCCUCUCAUCCGCAAACAUGACCCCUACACUCAGCCUCUGCACAAUGAAGAAGACUCUGAGGUUCAGGAAAUGCGUCCACAAGCAGACAGUGGGCCAGCAAGAGGAAACACAGUGCUGGAACGGGUUGAGGGUGCACAGCAGCGCUGGAAGAAGCAAGUCCAGGAGCAGCGUAAGACGGUUUUUGACCGCCACAAGAUGUUAAGUUAAACCUCCUUGGGCUCAGUGCAUUACCCUGUCACCAGCUGCACGAUCAUGCCUGUUUAUCACUGAUGUGCACUGCAGUCGCUGCAUUAGCAGUACCUCACUAAGAAACAUUUAAAAGCACUGAAGCAGAUUUCUAAUUUAAUUUAAAUUUAAUUUAUGUGCUGUAACCUUAAAAAAAAAACUGCUUUUUUGUGUACUCCUAAUGAGUAAACAUACUUUCAGUAAUACUUUUUAUUUUCAGUAAUUGCAUUGCACAUUUGGAAUGUCUUUAUUUAAAGAAAAAAAUCUCAAUGGUUGUGAAUAGCUUGGAUCAUGUUUUUUGAAAACUUGACAAUAUUGAUGAGUUGUUUUUUUUUUUUGUUUUUUUUUUUUUUGUUUUGUUUUUCUGACGAGUCACCCCCACGAAGGGUCUACUGAGUUAAUUUAUUUGAUCUUGCUUGUGGGAUUACCAAGCAUUCCAUAUUUUCUAGUUAGGGACUGGUAGUUAUUGGUAUAUCAACCUAAGAACAUUGAGCUUUUUUUGCAGUAGUAAUUGUUUAUUUUAGGUGGAGUUGUUUUAAGAUCUCCGUCAUUACUGCUUUCAACCUCAAUUUGUGCCUUUUUCCUACUCUCUCUCUCUCUUUCUCUCUCUCUCUCUCUCUCUCUCUCUCUCUCUCUCUCUCUCUCUCUGUGGGAAAAUGUGUUUGACCAAACUCAUUCUGUGUCUCCUUAAUAUUAGCAUAUCACAGCUUUCAAAACCUAACACAUAGUAUGGUCUAUUGCGAUCUGUUGGUAGAUUGUAUCCAUCACAAUAGUUGUAAGAAAUUUUCUUAAAUUUAUAAUAAAAUAGAAAUAGUUUUGUUGAUGUAAACUUAGGCCCACUUUUCUGUUCCUCAUUUUGCAGCAUGACGUGAUGUAAAACAAUUUACUUGCAAAGAGAGAACAGGACAUUUAUCAGUGCUUUAAAGGCAUCCUCAGAUUAGUUAAAUCUCAACACAGGUUAAUGAAACCUGUAACUGAGCCCUCAGUAAUGCUCAGACUGAUAGAAUAAGGGCACCUGCUGACCAUGAGGGGUUCUUGUUCAUCAUAUGAUUAAAAAAAAUAAAUAUAUAAAAUGACUAAUAACUUCAUGCACAACAUGAACAGGCUGUAUUUGUUUAGUUGUCUGUAAUGCUUUAUCAUUUAAUAUUUAUAAUGGUUUAUUGGUUGAAAAGGUUUCUUUUUAAUAUUUUGCUGUUAGUGUUAUUUAUUUACAGAUAGCUGACACGUUAAAGGAAAACUCUUACUGCUUGACCUGUACAGUGAGGGAAUGCAGAUAAUCUAAUGUGCUGUGAGGUGCUUUUGUGACAUGCUUUUAACGCUCUGGCCUUGGCAGUUAAUAAAUCUCACACACUUUAAACACACAUAGGAACUUUAGGACUGCUGUGUUGAACCGCACUCUCCAUCAUUAUCAUCAUACUGCUAUAGGAUGGAGUAUUUUCUGCAGAGAUGGUGCUCCAUCCCUCCAAUAGAUCCCAGAAAUUUGUAAAAUUAAUGCCAAGACACAUUAAAGUUGCACUGGUGGCUUGGACUGGUUCGUUACCUCCCUAAAGCACUUUAUGUUGAAUUUUCCUUUAAUUUUGCGCUUGUCUGUAAAUAUGUCAUUACCCUAACUGAGGGGUUGAUCUGCCAAUGUCUGUUAGCUUGAUGUGAAAUAAAGAAGCCACCUGUUCAUUCUUCCA